UGAAAACUUGUAGAUUUUCAUAAUUUAUUUUGAUCAAAAUUACCCGCUGUAUUUUAUUCUGAGACCCCACUAUAUUAUUAUUGAAACACUGAUAUUGCAGCCCUGGUGGUAUCGAACAAAAAUUUAUCGAUAAGUCCAAACCUCGACCGCAAUUACAAUUCGCUGUUGGCUCCUACAAAUAAAGCAGACGCCAAAGCGGAUAGCUUUACCCCAAAGUGGAGGGCUGAAACAAUCUUACAGCUGCGUUACAUGGGAACACAAAUAGCACUUGCAGCAACAACAAUAAGCAGAACGAAAGGGAAUUGAAAACAACUGCUCGAUACGAGAUCAUUCCUGAUUGCUGCUGCGAAAGGCAGCGCAGGAUGUUAGUACGAAGUGUCCAGCUUUUCCAGCUCCACAGAGCAGUAGUUAGUAACCUGCGUCAUAAUCAUCAGAUUGGCGGAUGGAAAUGGAACCAUGAGCUCUCUUGCAUAUCUGCGCCUAAACUACCGGGACGUAUGCGUCUCGGUAUGCGGUUACUCUGCAGUGGCAGUGGCAGCGAUUCUGGAAAAAAGAAGGAGCCGGCACUAUUGGCAGGCGUGGGAGUUGCUGAUCUCCCGGUAGCUGACAAAUCCGCUGAGGUGACCACCAAGAAUUUCGAGGUGAAAACCACCAAGGGCAUCUUAACCAUCACGACGACCAUUGAGGACUCAAAAAUCAAUGAGAUUGUAUUUGAAAAAUCGGAUUUAUCGCCAGUAGCAAAAUUAAAGGAACCGGUUCUAGCAGCUGCUGCUAUUAAUCUAAUGUCAAACAUACCACCCAUACAGCCAGCUGGAGGAUUAGACGGAGGCAAUGUCUCCUUACCACCCAGUGCAGAAACUAUAAUACCCCCAACUGUUGGCGCAGCUCCACCACCGUCUCCGCCACCCCAAGAUUUGAAAAGUCCCAGCGCGUCAGCAGCAAGUAUUGAGACUGAUGCUGCCGUAACUGUUCCAGCUAAGCGACCACGCUUUGAUUAUCGUUCCUCUCUUGAACGCAACUUUGUCACCCCGUCCAGAGCCAUUGCUGAUUUCAUGCUAAAACCAGGUGAUCUGGAUAGUUUGCCAAAAAUUAAACGAAGAUCACCAUACGAGCAGGAGCCCCCUAUGACAGUCUAUUGGAGGCGGGAUGUCGAAGCCAAAGCAUUAGAAGUUUGGGGAUCCCGGGAAAAUAUGCUACGCGAGCGUCUCAAGCAGGAGGGGGAGAGGAAGCAGUAUCAGCAGAAUAUGUUUACGGUGAAGCGACGACUUCGCGACUAUCGCCGUGAAAUGGGAUCCCGUACCAAAGUGAUGGCCGACAAUCAUGCUGAUAGCGCAAAAUCAGGACAAGUGGUUGCCACAGCUAUUGCCAUAAAUGCAGCAAAUUUACUGGUCAAAUUUGGCGGUUGGUUGUAUAGCGGUUCACAUAGCAUGUUCGCUGAAGUUAUACACUCGCUAGCGGAUUUGGUAAAUCAAUUAAUUCUCGCUUUCGGCAUAUAUAAAUCAUCACAGAGUCCGGAUAUUGAUCAUCCGUAUGGUUAUAUGAACAUGCGGUAUGUUUCUUCACUUAUAUCCGGAGUUGGCAUAUUUUGUGUGGGCUGUGGUCUAUCUGUCUAUCAUGGCAUUGAAGGCAUCAUCCAUCCAGAGCCAAUAGGAGAUCUAUUUUGGGUCUACUGCAUAUUAAUGGGUUCCCUUGUGUCAGAAGGAGCCACACUGAUUGUGGCCGUCAAUGAGCUGAAGCGGGCGGCUGUGGUGAAUAACAUGACAUUCAAAGAAUAUGUGAUGUCUGGCAAGGAUCCUUGCGUAAAUGUGGUGCUCUGUGAAGAUGCAGCUGCCGUUGCGGGCGUUGUGGUAGCCGGCACCUGUAUGGGACUGAGCAGCUAUACGGGAUCUCCACUUUUUGAUGCCGCUGGAUCAUUGGUGAUCGGGGCUCUGCUUGGAGCAGUGGCUUCAUUUAUUAUUUAUACGAAUGCGAAUGUUUUGGUGGGUGUUUCCAUUGCCACAGAUCGCAUUGAGAAAAUUAAUUCUGCUUUAGAGGCUGAUGUUAUGAUUAGAGCUAUAUAUGAUGUUAAGGGCAUUGAUAUUGGCAAUGCGCGAGUGCGUUAUAAGGCUGAACUGGACUUCGAUGGAAGAGAAUUAACACGCUCAUAUCUCGAUAAGCAGGAUCUUGGCAAGUUAUUGACGACUGUUCGCAAUUUCCAAAAUACAGAAGAGUUGGAAGCAUUUCUUUUAACUCAUGGUGAAAAUAUUGUGGACUUAAUGGGCGGUGAAAUUGAUCGUAUUGAAUUGAAUUUACGGGCGCAAUUCCCGGAAAUCCGACACGUCGAUUUGGAAAUACUCUAAGCAAUCUAUGUACUUAGUCUGGUUGUCUGUUAAAUUGAAAUUGUAGAAAAAAAAUUAAGCUUUGGGUGAUCCGGGUGCUUUGCAUAUUUGAAAUUAUUGCCUGUGUAACAUAUAAUUAUUGACUUUGUAUUUUCAAGUUUAACUCUAUUUUAGAUAAUAAGCAUAAAAUGUGCACUGUAAAGAUUGUAAAACAUGCGAAAGCAGUCAAAAGUAUAUGUAAAACGAUUAGUAAGACAAAAAUGUGUGAGUACUUUUGACUGUCUCUUAAAUGUAUAUUUUUUUGUUUGGUUUAAGAGUCUUUGACAAACACACAUACACACACACACCCCCCUCAUUCAUCACCUUGUACACAUGAAACCUGGUUAAUGUAGACACUAUGUAUAUCCAAAAAUAUAUAAGAAAAAGCAAAUAAAUGCAAUUAAUGUCAA